AUGCCCACACCUGACCCCAAUUUACGAUCCUCUGCGCUUUUCUCUCGACAGCCAUCUGGCGGUAAUACUCAGUCGACUGCACAACAAGCUGCACCAAUCCACCAUACUUCAGCACCUUCUCCAGUCACUCCGGAGACACCUGCGCCUCCCUUGACGCUAGCUGGCGCAGCUCAGUCAUUCCCGGACGCGCGCAGUAGCUCGGGCGUCGGGUCUUCUCCAGGACGGCCCAUAGGCUCCGCCCACAGAGGUCCAAAGCGCGGCUUGAGCCUGGCAACCUCUGCCUUGAAAGCCUCGAACGCUCAUUUGGACGCACCGCCGCAGACCGCCGUACCUCCUGAGCUUAAAGCCCUGCUCUCACCCAAAGGUGCGUCACACGACAGGUCGCUCGGCUUCGCUGUGGCAAGCAGCUCUAGUAGUGAAGAAGCCACUUCAAGCCCAUCGAACAAAGAACGCAAAAGGCCUGCUCGGCUGUCUCUUGCACCUCCGGUUAUGGGCUCGUCGGAGGCGAGAAGCGCACCAAGCUCCCCUAUGUAUCUGACACCUGUCCACUCAGCAGGCGAGACGAGUUCUUUAGGGCCCACACAAGACGAGCGGAGGGAAGACGAAGCUAAAGAACUGCUUCGGGAGACGCUGCGGGGCACACCUCGGAGGCGCCCGAGCAUGCCCUUCGGCAGGCGGUGAGCCUAGCGAUUUGGGAAGAAUCAAGGGUUGUCAGAGUUGUCGAGUGUAUCCGCUGACUCUCGUCAAUUCUCUUGUUCCACGUAGACCUGCGCCGCUGGCCCUGUCAAACCAAAUCCCCCCAAAGAAACCAUCGCAUGCCGGAGAUAGAAGGGAUUCAGCGGCAAAGCCACCUUCAGUGUGGCAAGAUCCAUCGGAGCACAUCCUCUCCGGCAAGGGAUCAACGCUUCAACAUGCAAGAAGUGUGUACGCGUCAGGUCCAGUCGAGAUUCUGCCGGGCUUGUUCUUGGGAGACGAACACAAUGCGUGUGAUGCGGAGAUGUUGAGCGACCUGGGCAUCACCAUGAUUCUGAACGUCGCCAAAGAGACCGACUUGCCUUUCCAGAAGGAUGCGGCGGACGUGGGUUCACUGGCAAGCGCGCGCCCCAGCGGUCUGCCUACUGGGCCACUUCAGUCAGCUAUCUUCCCUGCUAGAGCUUCCCGUAGCGGCUCUCUAUCUGGCGAUGAUCUGCUGAGCCCUCAGAACUUUUAUACCCCGGUCACGUCCGUCUUCCCACCUAACACGCCACUACCUCCUAGUAUUUCCACGUCCACUGCAAGGGGCGCUCAUCGCAGUAGCGUGCAGUACGCAGCCUCAUCGCUCAAACUCAAGGAAGCGCAGCCCGUCACUCCGCCGCAUUACUUGCGUAGUACGCUAUCGACCCCAAAUCUUCAACAGACGUACAAGGGCAAGCUGUCUGCUGAUGGAUCCUCGAACAGCCGGGAACCAAGUCCACUGAAGCUCGGCACACCUCGCGCUCCUGAAGCCGAUGACUUAGAGCGCCUCUCGCGAUCAUGUGGUCACACAGGCGAGCGCUCUGCUAGCCCGCAAGCUCAUCGGACUGCUGGAGAAGAUGCAUCAGAAGCUGGCAGUGCUGCAACCAGCUGGUCCACAUCCUCAAGCGUGGGUGGAGACGAGGCAUCAGCGAGCUGGACCUCGAGCCGAACUACACCUUCUUCGUCACCGUCAGCUGAAGCACAUGACAUGCGAACUGUCGAAGAGGCCCAAGAGGUGGGGGCGCCUGCUGUUUCAGUCGCUGAUGAUUUAACGCCGCGCAGAGAUGAUCUUACAAGCAAGCUAUUCGACAAGCAGAGCAGCUCAGGUUCAGAAACAGACGUCGUUUUACCGGCAGAGGCCAUCGCCCUGUCCAUUCCUGCCUCUCCUCUGGGCGGUCGGAUGCAGGCUCUUCGCUAUGUCAAGCUUCCUUGGACCCACGACGAGACAGAGCUGGCUGCUCCUGGCGGUGGCUUCAGUGUGGGUUGCGCACUCAUUGCGGAAUGUCUGCAAGUAGGAUCGUUUACUCCUGUUAAAGUCGAGGGUCACAGCGGCGGUGUAGGAGAUCAAGCAGACGUUCAAAUAAGAACCAUGCCAAAGCAACGGCCCUCGCCCGGCCGUAUCCUUGUGCAUUGCCAGUGCGGUGUAAGUCGCAGUGCGACACUGGUCAUUGCCUUUGUCAUGGAAGCAGCCGCACUCGGCUACCCUCUGGAAGGUGCUCAAGGACUGUCAGGAAUGCACGACUGCUACACGCUGGUCAAGGAUUUGUCAGCGAGCAUAUCCCCAAAUUGCUCCCUGAUAUACCAGCUGGUCGAGUGGGAGCGGCAUCUGUCUGCGGAGGUGAACAGGUUGAGAGUGGCGUUCGGCAUCGAGGGCGACUCGCACGGCGCAGACGACGGGAGAGGAGUCACUCGCUCCGGGAUCCGACCUGCUACGGGUGGCUGGGCUGGUGAUGCCAUGGAUGAGGAGGAAUGGACACGGAUGCGUCAAGAGGAAGAGCGAAAGGAGGCUGUAGAGGAGGAUAGAAGACGCGAAGAGCGGCUGGCAGCUGCGAGAGAGGCGGCCGCCCAGAAGCUGGCUGCCGAAAAUCUUGCAGACGAUGGAGACUCGAAGCGACUCGUUGAAGGAAUAGGGGCGCGCCGCAACAAAAAGACGCCCAGCCUGAAGUUGGGAGGCGCAGCAAGCUUGGCGGUGACCACGGCAGCGCCAGGGGUACUGGCGGCCCUGCCAUCGGCGAAGCCACGCAAGGGACCUCCUAAACCGCUGCAGCUUAAUGCCCAAGCCCCGCCUGUGACGACUUCUGGCUUAGCGACAAAGGCUCAGACGCCCUCUCUUGGGCUUGCAUCUGGAGCUACAUUGCAGCCAGCAUUGAAGGAGCCCGUCCACGAAGAGGAGGAGGACGAGGCAGUUACUCCGUCGGCUAGUCAGUUCUCUGCCCUGCGACUAGACAAUCCUUCGGGCCCGUCCGUGGCACCCGUUCAGAAUGCCUCAAGCCCGCCGUCUGGAGCACAAGCUCAGCUCUUGCGAUCCCAAUCGGACGGAGCAGCUGUCAGGAGGACCGCAAUUCGACCUUCGCCUAAGCACCAGGCAGCACACGUAGACGAACAACUGCCUGAAGGCGAGCAGGCCAAUGCGAUACUGUCGGCAUCGAGCUCAGGUUCUUCGAUCAACACCAUCUUGGCCUCCGCAUCCAGUCCAUCGAUCUCCGAGCUGCACUUAACGGAUCCCCGCCGAAAGUCUGUCCACGGACUGGGAGCCAGAACACCGAGGGCGGUGGAUCCCCGCCGUCGUUCAGUGCAGGUCGUGCCGAGCAAUUCAUCGCCUCGUGCUUCCAUUGGAGCUCAUCUUGCUUCCGCCAUCGGCUUGCCCGGCACUCUGAGCUUCUCGGCCGCGCUGCUCACGCCAUCGAAGAGUCUCCAUUCUGGAUUUGGAGCGUCACGCCAGUCCGCAAGCGAGCGAAAGGACAGGCAUCGGCGAACCUUUUCUUCAGACCUGCCAGCUAGCUUGCGUGCCUUCUCGAGAGAAGUCGGCCAAAAGCUCGAUAGUGCCAGCGCUGCCAGGGCUGCCGCGGCAGCUUCAUCGGGCAGCACGACCUCUGCAGCAGCUCAGAAAAGUACUUAG